AGAAGAAGUAGAAACAGAGAGACAGGGGAGCUAGAGCCAGUGAGAGAGUCCAGCCCACUUCUACAAAACCAUUCAACUCCUGCACGGUGAGCAGUCCCAGACCUCUUACGAGCACACUGCUUCCCUGGGGCACAUCCAGAAGCCGACUGCCCAUCCCAUACAAACUUCCCAAGGACCUGGAGAGGGAGAAAGCCACUGACAGAACUAUUCCGACCAGCAUCUCUUCUCACAACUUACCAGCAAGGAUUACAUUUUUCCUCACUUUUUUUUCCCUGACUUUUUUGCUCCUCUCAAAUUUUGGUCAGAUUGAGCUCAUUCACAGGCAAGACAGACUUUACUGCAAGCUCUCGGCGACCGGACAGUUCUUGUCUUACUUUGAAAGGAACUUUUAAAGUAAGUUGUUCAUUUUGCAAUCCGGUGCAAACACCCUCCAGCUCUCUUCAGCAACUGACACUUUUCAUUUAAGGAUGUCCCCUCUCCCUGUUCUGAGCGGGAUCUUCCUGCUGCUCAUCCAGACCUGCUCCCUCAGUGCCAUGGUCACCAAAGGGAGCCUGGCAACGUCCGAACAGGCAGCAACGGACUGUCCCUCCUGUGCCCUGGCGCGGCUUCGAAAAGGCGAGGGUGAGGACGAGGGAGCCCAGCAAGACGUGGUCGAGGCGGUGAAGAGACACAUACUUAACAUGCUGCACCUGCAAGAGCGCCCCAACAUCACAGACCCGGUGCCUCGAGCGGCGCUCCUCAAUGCCAUUCGCAAGGUACACGUGGGACGGGUGGCCAAGGACGGCAGUGUCCUGAUUGAGGACGAGGCCAGUAGCCGUCCGGACACCGAACAGGCGGAACAGACAGAGAUCAUCACGUUUGCUGAAGCCGGUCAAGCUCCAGGGUUUGUCAACUUUCUCAUCUCCAAGGAAGGCGGUGAGAUGUCUCUAGUGGAGCAAGCCAACGUCUGGCUCUUUCUUCGACUGCCAAAGGGCAACCGCACCCGAGCUAACGUCACCAUCCGGCUGCUCCUGCAGCAAAGUACAGGGGAGAAGGUUCUGGCGGAGAAAUCCGUGGACACACGUCGCAGCGGCUGGCAUACGUUUUCCGUUUCAGCCAGUGUGCAGUCGUUAUUGCAACACGGGGGAAGCACGCUGAGCCUGCGUGUCUCUUGCCCACUGUGCGCUGAUGCUCGAGCUACGCCGGUGCUCGUGACUGCGGGAGGCGGCGAGCGUGAGCAAUCCCACCGGCCGUUCCUCAUGGCCGUGGUGCGACAGAAGGACGAUCUGUCUCAAAGGAGACGUCGCAAAAGAGGCCUGGAGUGCGACGGCAAGGUACGCGUCUGCUGCAAACGCCAGUUUUACGUAAACUUCAAAGACAUUGGCUGGAACGACUGGAUCAUCGCUCCCUCGGGGUAUCACGCCAACUACUGCGAGGGCGAUUGUCCCAGCCACGUGGCCAGCAUCACCGGCAACUCGCUGUCCUUCCACUCCACGGUCAUCAACCACUACCGCAUGCGAGGGUACAGCCCCUUCACCAACAUCAAGUCCUGUUGCGUGCCGACUCGUCUGCGGGCCAUGUCCAUGCUCUACUACAACGAGGAGCAGAAAAUCGUCAAAAAGGACAUCCAGAACAUGAUUGUAGAAGAAUGCGGCUGCUCGUAAUUCCGCUGCGGGAAGAGGAAGGGUAGGAAGGGAGAGACAAGGUUGGGUGGUAGGGGUGAAAACUGCAGCCCCAAAACGAAUGAAAAAGAAGAGAUGUAGAGAGAGGAGAGGAGAGCUCCUCUAUCUUUAUCUCACUGCCUCAAGACAAACUCUCACGUAGACAGGCCUCUCUUUCUCUCGACCACUUGUGCGUGGUCAUCUUAGAAUCCAGUGGGUAUCAUGUUACAAUGGGUAUCUGUAACUCAGAGUAAUCUCUGUGGCACUUUCAAAAGAGAAAAGAAAUAUAAUAUAUUUUUGUUACAAAGCAAAGGGAGCAAGGUCAGAGAGUAUUUAUGCGGCCUACUUUGCAGUGCAGACAUGCACUGCGGGAAGAGAGAUGACGUAGAUGAGGUGCCUGAAAAAGAAAAUCUCAAAACUAUGCAACUUGUCAAGUAUUAUGAUAUAUUUUUCAUCGAGGUGUUGUUUUGUUUCUUAACUAUUUACUUUUACAAACUAAAAAAAAAAAAGUUAACGUUUGUUGACUUUUUAUACCUUGUACGUAUGUUUUACGUAUAUGUUCGAUGUGUGUGUCCGUGUACAAAAGUGCGUGUAUGUACAGUGUGCCUACGGGAGUAUUCGUGUACGUUUGUGUGCAUGUCUGUUCGUGUGUGUUGUUGAGAGAUACUUGAAAGAAGUUUGACGGGCUGCUGGAACCAAACAUUUCUCUAUAUUAUUAUUCUAAUUAUUCUGUUAAUAAUGUUAUUUUGUUUUGAUUUCUGUACAUUUUUUGUUAUCUUAAAAAUGAGACGUUAAAACGUUUACAGUUUUGCACUAUAUCAACAUUUUGAUCAGCGUAGCCACAUUUACAAAUAUGUUUAUAGAGAAAGACUAGAAGCACUUCAGAACAGACGUACCUACAUAGCAAGAGUCUAACAAAUGAGAUUGUUAAAAAUAAACAGGGAGGUUUGAGGGGAAGGCAGAGAUGACUAGCACUAUAUCAGAGGACCAUGUAUACACAUGCAUUUUACAAAAUAGUGUUUUGGUUUUUUACUCAACACCAAAGAAUUUAGGUUAGCAUUGCCUACCAUAUUAGGCUGUCUCCGAACAGUUGUUCAGAAGAUACCAAUUUGUCUUUCAAAAGAUUGCUUUGUUCUCCCUACAAAGAUGUCCAGGUUAGCAAACCGAAAGACCUUUAAAACCGUUUCUCAAUGUCCCACAGCGGCUCACUCCUGUGUGUGCUUUUGCACUGCUGCACAGUCCAUGCGCGACUGGCCAUCGGAAUGGUUAAAACAGCACUUAAACCAACCUUUUAAAGUUUGUUUUUAAUUAUGAAUUGUUACAAAAGUGAAUGUGCAGCAUUAAUAUUUAAUGACUUGUGUAAUUGGGAGAUAUUUGCGAUUUUUCUCACCAAAUGUUAAAAGGAUCCGCGGUGAUCCAAAAAAUAAAAAUAAAAAAAAUAAUUGCUUUUGUUUUGUUCAUAUUUCCGCUUCCCAACAUGAAAUAUUUUACCACUGUGCAAUGUUGAAAAAAAAAAAAAAUGAAGCAAUUUUGGAAAAGAAAAGAAAAGAAAAGAAAAGGAACUUUUGUGUUACAUUUCGGACUAAGAAAAGUUUACUAUUUUCAGUAUGUUCCUGAUGGAAAUGCGUACAAAAUGUCAUAAAAGAAAAACACUAUUAAAAUGGAAAAGAAAAAUACAAAUUCAGAAAAAAAUAUAUAUAAAAAGAAAGACAUGUUGUAUAUGUUUUUGUUUGUUUUUGUUUGUUUGUUUGCUGUUAUUAAAAAAUAAUUGACACUGAAAUAAGUGGACUAAGAAUAAAAAAUAUAUUUUUUAUUCUGUAUAUAUGGAAAUCAAGAUACCAAUAUGUUGCAUUGCUUUGUUGUACAAAUCAAAAAUGUGCUUGUGGCUAUUUUUUUUUAAUCUAAUUUAUUCUACAGUAUUUUGUCCUUUGCUUCACCAUUAAAGUUAAAAUGUUGUACACUAAAACAUGAGAAAAGUGUUGGUUUUGAUUUCUUGCACAGAACACACAUACAUAAACACAUUUAAUUUCAAGACACGAAAAUAUGGAGAAAUUAUAAGAUACAAG